AUGGCUCAAAGCGAUCGUCCUGCGCAAGAGCCAGCCUCGACGACGGACCAUGCCGCCAAUUUGCAAAGCCUGUGGCGGAGACUCUUUGGGAGGGACAAUGGCGCCCCUGUACCUACGGACGCCUCGUCUAAGCAGGGCUCUCAGCAAGUUGACGAUCCCAAACCUGGUCUCAUACGUCGAGUCUCGAGAAAGGUUGUGCCCGGUCUACCGAGGGCCCAAACGUUUAAGAGGCAGCAGUCGGAGCUGCGGGACAAGCUAGAACCUGUGCAACCAACCCCCGCAGAACGAAGGGCCGUAUCUGUCGAUAGAAGACUACAGGCUUCACAGAAUGGGUCUCUGAACCAGUCCAAUCCUCGAAGCAGCGCCCCGGACUUCAUCAUCCACUCAUUUGGUGUGGCGCCCUCAAUACCCUCGAUAUCCUCUGUCCCCUCGUUACCUACCAGUCCCCUGGAAGAGAAGAUGCUUGAUGCCAUCGAACCACAACCCGAACCACCCGCCCAACCCGACGCGCCUGUGAAGGAGCCGGAGGUUGAAGAUCUGCCGCAUGUCCCAGACGCUGUUUCGAUCGCAGAUGCCCACUCCGUCACCACCUCGCAAUACGAUGCCAUGAUCCACGAUGAGCUGGAACGGGUGUGGAUCCUCAACCUGUCCAUGCACUUCCGGGAUAAGUCUAAGCGGGAGAAGUUCUUCGUCACCUACCGGGAGCGGCCCACCCUCUGGCGUCGCGUCACCGUCUCCCUGGACUAUCGCAAUGCCCCAGAAAACUCGUUGGAGUUGGAGCUCGCCCAUACCAAGUUUCAACGCGAUAAAAGUGCCAAGAUCUAUGAGGCGAUCCGAGAAAGCCUUGUGGACAUACAAUUCUAUGACACGGUGACCAACCUCAAACUGCAGACAACCGAAGGCAGGCUCCAUGUCCAUGUGGUAGAGGACGUCAAUGAAAUCAUCCACUACCCGAGCGCCCGCACGAUUCAGCACAUGAGGUGCAAUCGGGUAAAAGAGCGAGACAUCGAGUUUGACUCUCACAUGUCCGGCUUCGUGUAUAAGGUGAGAGUCAACGAUGAGGUCCUCAUCAAAAAGGAAAUCCCCGGCCCGGACACGGUAGAUGAGUUCUUGUACGAGAUCAACGCUCUCAGCCGGCUCAAGCACUCCAACAGCGUCAUCAAAUUCUACGGUGUCAUCGUCGACGACCGCCAGGAGUACGUCAAGGGCCUGCUCAUCAGCUACGCCGAACAGGGGGCGCUCGUCGAUCUCAUAUACGACAGCGACCACGGCCUGCCGUGGCCGACACGCGAGAGAUGGGCCAGGCAGAUCGUGCAGGGCCUCUCGGAGAUCCACGAGGCAGGAUUUGUGCAGGGCGACUUUACCCUCUCCAAUAUCGUCGUUGACGGCGAAGGUGAUGCUAAAAUUAUAGACAUCAACAGACGAGGCUGCCCUGUCGGCUGGGAGCCUCCGGAGGCAACUCCACUAAUCGAAAACAAUCAGCGCAUUUCCAUGUACAUUGGCGUAAAAUCCGAUCUGUAUCAACUCGGCAUGGUGUUGUGGGCUCUUGCAACCCAGGAGGAUGAGCCCGAGGCCCAUGGUCGACCGUUGCGCAUCGGCCCCGACCCCCUGGUUCCAAUCUGGUAUCGAAGAAUAGUUGAGAUAUGUCUCAGCGAAGACCCACGGAUGCGGAUGCAGGCUCUUCACCUGCUGUCGAUGAUGCCCGAACCCGAGAUGCAGGACCCGUCUAAACUCGACCCCCAGUAUAGCCAUCACAGUAUUCCCUCCAUCUCGGUUGACGAUGACAUUUCCAGGCACGAAUAUCUGGUUGACGAUUAUCAUUCCCCGUCUUACCCGUGGGUCCGACCCGUCCAUCCGCCGACCGAUUGGUCAUACGUUAGUUGGGGACCGUCCUAUGUGAACCCGACCACAGUCAUGUCUGACGACGCAUACUUCUACCCGACCAGAGGCAGGUCACCUCCGUCACCUCUUCCGAGUACUCACGGCGAGUGCCCGGAACCAAGAUUUGGACGCCGGUGGCCUGCGAGUUACGAUGCCUCUCAGACAACACCGUCCGUGGACGACACAGCGCCAGUUGAAGUCGAGGAAGGCCGGAAGAGCGUUACGCCUCGUACCAGUAAAGGUUCUUUGCCCGCCGCGCAGGACUCAACCGAAGCUGAGCGGACAUCAGUGGAGGUCACGCUGCCCAAUGGAUCGACCCGACCAGACGCCGAGGUUGAUAUUGACCAACGCUCCGACAACAUGACAACACCAGUACAGGAACCUGGGAAGCCCCAUGAUGAGGUGACGGAGGUUGACUUGGCCAGUCAACUGGAAGGAAUCGGCGAACAUGAGUUGGCAGCGCCAGGCCUGGGGCUACCGGAGUCGGGGAGGACAGAACCCGAACAGGAGCGACAGAGGAGCGAGGAAUCAUUCAUACCAUCUCGUGGUAGUCACCCGGAGCCGGACCCUGCGAGAGGUCAAGCUCAGCCCAUACCAGAAAUUGAAAUCAACGGGCGGGCCGAUGACGAGGCUGGAGGUAUAAUAACAGUAGGGGAGGCCGGCUCCCCGACAGAUAUCCGCCCCCACUCGGCAUCUUCCCCGUCUAGGGACCCGAUACCAAACCCAUACUCGAGGAUACGCCGGACUAUUUGA